AUGCGGCGUCUACAUCUUCUGGGCGCUCUAGCCUUUGUGCCUUCAGUCCUUUCGGCUUCAGUGGCAAGUCCCCCUGGAGAUGGCCUAGCAUCCUGCGAUGGCGAUCGAGGCCAUUACACCGUCCCUGGUCUUGGAUCUCGCAAGCGGGCCGUGCUGAAAGCUGGUGGCAACACCCUAGAUUUGGCCAUUGCGAUGCUGGAGACGGGCACCAUGACCACCGAAUAUACCUACGGUGACGGAAAGACCAGUGAUUCUACCAACUUUGGCAUUUUCAAGCAGAAUUGGUUCAUGUUGCGUACUUCCGCAUCCGAGUUCGGGGGCCAAAGUGAGGCUCAAGUCUCCAAAGGUGUCAUUCUCAACUCUGAUCUUAAGAAGGACAUCAAAGCCCGUCAUGAUGGACAGAAGCACUAUGGAUAUGAUGUCUGGUUUGCUGGACACCGCAAUGGAGCCAACGGAGUUGAGAACCCAUACACGGUGGAUAUCCACGCGUAUAAGGAUGCCGUUGCUUGGAUCAAACAGCAGAUCGAGAGCAAUACCAAGUAUCGUACUGAUGAUACUCGUUUCUGGGUGCAGGUCCACGCAAUUUGA